UGCUUUCUUUUUGAGCUCCAAUGCUGCUCUCUCGCUCAUUCACAUCGAAGGGCUAUAGGGAAAACCAUCACUCUUACUUUCACUUUGCACUUUCCACAUAGGUUUUUGACAAGGGGCAAGGCACUGCGCACUUUUUGUUACCAGUUGACUCAGAAACAAACUCGGAAUAAUGUUUUGCAGUUACUUCUUUUGGACUGUUCUUUCACUGUCUGGCAUUUUAAGCAACUUCCGUGUAUGCGGCUGUGAUUUCAACUGCACGGACAAGCCAGUGUUCACUCCUUCCAAACUGGUGGUGCAGUUUGGCAUGCCGGCUUCCGCCAACUGUUCCGCUUGCCAACACGCUUGCCAGAACAAAUCGAUCGGUUUGGAAAAGUCAAUCGGCGAACAACAGAAAAACGGGAGAAACAUUUUGUGGACGGUGGACAAAAUGAAUGCGUACCCUUCGUCUGUCACGUGCUACUACAACAAAGGCAAUGGCUCCCAUUGCUGCAGCAGGCUGCCCAUCACCGUCUACCAGUAUCCCAAAAAGGUGGAGGUGGGCUUUCGUGAUCUUGAGGGGCCGAUGCUGGAAGGUCAAAGAUACCCUAUGUACUGCCAUGUGGUUGAAGCUGCUCCCCUCAGAAACCUUAUCGUGAUCUUCUACCAAGGCGGCACCGAAGUGAGCCGCCAACACCUAAAGGACAACAUGGAAAAGAAACCGGCCAACAUGACCUUCUAUAACUCCAUUAAUGCCACCAAAGAAAACAAUGGCGCUCGAUAUGAGUGCAUUGCCCAACUGGACGCGGAACCUGAUAAACCACCACACGAGACGCGAUCUAAUAUCUUCACCACAGAUGUUCUCUAUAAGCCUCAAUUUGACGGACCUGUCUAUAGAUUGAUCAGCCUGACAGUGGGGGAUCCCCUUCAUCUCAACUGCUCCGCCGAGGGCAACCCGAGACCCUCGGUCACGUGGGAACUGCCGUUGGCCGCCGCUUUCGAAGGCGAUGUCUUCUCGGUGGACUCUGUCACCACGGAACACAAAGGAGAGUACACGUGUUCCAUUAACAACAGCAUGGGGAGGACCACAGUUGUGUUUAAUGUGGAUGUACGAGUCAACUACAUGAACAUGAUUUUAGCUGUAGUAGCAGCGGUCGUCGUUCUCGUGGUCAUUGCCACCAUCGCGGUGUACGUCCAUUGCUACAGACUCAGUCGGACUGGAAAGUACAACCUGAAGGACGUGUUGCGUUUUCGCACCCCGCACAUUGCGCUACCUGCCGAGGAGCUUUGAGGGGAGGGGGGAGUGGUAUGAGAAUGAAGGUGCCGCGUUCUGUAUAAAUGUGUGCAUAUUUGUGCAACUAAUGCCGAAGUCAUUGAGUCAUAUGAGGUCCACGUUUGACUUUCUUGUGUAACACUGACAACAACGGGAAAGCACAAUGAGUCCCAAAGGUAUUAAAGCAUCUGCAGGAAGUUGUUUUCCUUUCCUGUUUGAGUAACGGUAACGCCCGCCUUCCAAGGAGCUUUUUGGCACUUGGCUCAUGCGUUUCUGACACAAUUCAGGACUAUCUGCAAUAUUUCCAUUGUUGUGAUACAGUCCCAGAUGCAACUGGCUUGCUGUAUUUAAUUUUUUUUUUUUUUUUUAACAUUUAAUAUUUUUUACAUGACAUCAAUGAAGUGCCAAACAUGUUCUCAUUGUGAAUACAAGGCUGGAAAUAACUGCACAUCCUGCCCUUGAGAUUUUCCGCCCUGUCUGUGUUUUUUUUGGGUGUCCUAUGUUGCGUGUAAUGUAUGUACAGUGUGUGUAUUUUAUAUAUAUAUGUAUUCCCCCUUAAAUACUUUUUGGGGGUUGUGAGAUUGCCUCAAACUGAAACUGCUCAGCUGGAAUAAAAAUAAAAAUAAUGAUAAUAUAG